AUGGCUAACACUCCUCUGUUCCUGCUGAUCACUGUCCUGCCAGCCCUGACUCUCUCUGUAAAUGUGAAAAUAGUGAAUGGAACAGAAGUCGUACCAAACUCCAGGCCCUACAUGGCCUCAGUGCAGGAAAACGGCAAACAUGUUUGUGGCGGCUUUCUGGUGGCAAGGUCGUAUGUUAUGACGGCAGCGCAUUGCUGGAAAGAUGGAAGAGAGCGGAGAGUUGUUUUGGGUGUUCAUAAACUGGCAGCUAAAAAAAUCGGUCGCCUGAGAGUGAAACACUACGCAGUCUUCCCAGAAUAUGACGAUACCCGAUGGAAAUACGACAUCAUGCUUUUGGAGCUCAAAAACAAGGUGCGACUGAGCAAUAAGGUGCGGCUGAUUUCGCUUCCUGAGAGAGACGAAGACGUCAAGGCUGGAACAAACUGUACUAUCGCCGGAUGGGGUGCGAAGAGCACCAGCGGACCCACAGUUCAACGCCUGAUGGAAGCCAACGUCCAAAUCAUGGACAGGGAAGAGUGUAAACGUCUCUGGGGAAAAAGUGCCCCUAUCACUCCUCAGUUACUCUGUGCUUAUGGAGGUGCCGGAUUUUGCAAGGGUGACUCUGGAGGUCCUUUGGUUUGUGAUGGGAAGGCUGUAGGGGUGGCGUCAUUCUUUCAGAAAAAAAACUGUAACAACCCAACUCUCCCCAACGUCUACACCAAAAUCUCCGCCUACCUGCCCUGGGUCUACACCAAGAUAUCCUCCUUUCUGCUGUGGAUUAAAGCCAUCAUCGGAAGAAAGCCAUAA